AUGAUCAUCUCGCGGUAUAUACUUUGGGCCCUGGCAUGCAUGCCUGCGGCUACUUUCGGCCGAUCCAUCUUCGCGUUAUUUGGCACUCAGACCGCUCUACAUGGUCAAUCCGACUGCGAUGGGACAGGAAUCGUCGACCCAGAUGGUAAUUGCAAUGGUACUGGAAUAGUGGACGACCCAGCCCCGCAUGGACGAGAAGGCUUCAAGUUUGAGAACCCCUCUACCAAGUGCAAAUAUGUAUCCCAGAUGCACAUCUGGGACUCCUUCAAGCACCUGGAGAAGGACAUGAGCAAGCUGUUCACGCUGAUCCACAAAGAUGUAGCCUUCACAGUCGUCGGGCACCACCCGAUCGCCGGCCGCUACCACGACCUAAUGCACUUUUAUGUCAAUGCCUUGCGUCGAGUCAGCAUGUUGUUUAUGGACCAUGCAGAUUUGUUUGAGAUUCAUCCACAGGGCAUCUAUGGUGGAUGUAACAGUGCGUGGUCGGUGCAGGAAAUCCAAUUCAAGGGCGUGAUGAACUCCGGCGACAACUUCGAAAUCAUCAACGUGUGGUUCACUCGGUGGGAUGAAGACCAGAUGGUUGAGAUCCGUACGUAUAUCGACGCGCCGAAGAUCAUGGAUGCGCUGCACAAGAACGAAAUCUGGUGGAAUGGUACGACUCUGCGGGACAACCUGCUUUACAUGCCAGGACCAGCGGGAAUGCCCGACUUGAAAGAACUUGGACAGCUGUUGGGAUAUCCCAAUGGCAGCAAAUAUAAGGAUUGA